AUGGCCAUGCAGCGCAGCUUCGCGGCGCGCCCCGGCGACGUGGUUCUUGCGAGCGUUCCCAAGAGCGGCACCACGUGGCUCAAGGCCCUGAUAUUCGCCACGAUGGUCCGCGCCGCGUGCCCGCCGGCCAGCCCCGCCCACCCGCUCCGCCGCCUCAACCCACACGACUGCGUGCCCCUCGUGGACAGGCUCUUCGCCGUCGGCCGCGAGGCUGUGCUGGACGCGCUGCCGUCGCCGAGGCUCAUGUGCACGCACAUGCCGCUGUCGGUGCUGCCGCCGUCCAUCUCCGGAGGACCCUACUGCAAAAUCGUCUACAUUUGCAGGGAUCCAAAGGAUAUGGUGGUAUCAUUGUGGCACUUCAUCAAUCGUGCUCAACCUGACAUAUCACUCCAAGAGAUGUUCGAGACUGUCUGUGAAGGCACAAGUAACGGCGGACCUUUUUGGGAUCACAUCCUCGGAUACUGGAGGGCAAGCAAUGCAGAGCCAAGCAGAGUGCUUUUCCUUACCUACGAGCAGAUGCUUCAGGAUCCGCUGGACAAAGUCAGGAAGCUAGCCCAGUUCCUUGGGAGGCCAUUCUCUGACACAGAGGAGGAGGCCGGUGUCGUUGCAGAGAUUGUUGAGCUCUGCAGCUUGGAGAAUCUUAAAAAUUUAGAGGUGAACAAGAAAGGCUCCCAAGGAGUGUUCUUCAAGUUCUCGCAUGACUCCUAUUUCAGGAAUGGGGUGGUGGGAGACUGGGUGAACCACUUGACCCCUGAGAUGGCUAAACGUCUGGAUGCGAUAUGCGAGGAGAAGUUCCGUGGGUCGGGCUUCACUUUCUAG